AUGGGCGUUGCUUGGGUUUUUGAAACAGAUAAAAGUGCUGUAAGCAUUGAACGUGCAAUUGAAGGAGAAGGUGGAGUGAAAGGUGGCAUUUUCACGGUUGAUUCCACUCCAUUCAAGCCGAGUGACAAUGUGCAAGGAGCUAUCAAUCAUGUAUUCAUUCUUCAUCAUUCACGUUUUCCGCAAAGUACUUUCACAAUAGCACCAAAUGAGAAACAAAAACACUGUCCGCGUGCAAUAUCCGAUCGUGGAUUUGAUUGUAUUUUGGCAAAGCUGAGUUCCGGAUUGGUGCAAGAUACUGCUGGAAAAUUUGAGGUCUCUGGUCAUGAAUAUAUAUUGCAAGAUUUUAUUAUUCGAACAGGGAAUGCUUCAAUGGGUGUAAUCAGCAAAGGCGUUAUUGUUGAAGUUGAAUAUGCACCAUCAUGUGUAGCAUCGCAAUGUGCAGUAUUUUUUCCGGAUCAUGUUGCUGAUAAGCCGGCCGUUUUGCAAAAAGCUCAACCAGAACCAUACAGUGCUCUUGAUACCAUGCAUCAAUAUUUGGAUAUUUUCCAAAAUAUGCGAAAAAAAACAUAA